AUGCCUGGGGAUGAUGUGCCAGAUGAUUUUAAGUAUGGCGUAACGGUUUCGGAGAGCUCGUUGGAAAUUAGGAAUGCGUUUGUGAGGAAGGUGUAUAGUAUACUAUUUUGUCAGAUUUUGGCAACAUGCAUUGUCGGCGGUGUCCUUUCCCAGUCUGACUCAGCAAUCUUCUGGGUACAAACGCACACCUGGGCACUUUACGUCCCGUUGUUCGCCACGUUCGUCAAUCUAGGCCUCCUAUUCUGGAAACGUCACAGUGUGCCGACGAAUUAUAUCUUCUUGGGGACGUUCACACUCCUUGAGGCUUUCACACUUGGUGUCAUUAUGGCGUUUUACGAUAAUCGGGUUAUUUUGCAGGCUUUGCUGAUCACGCUUGGUAUUUUCCUUGGUCUCACGCUCUUCACCUUCCAGUCAAAGUAUGACUUUUCGGGUAUGGGACCGUGGCUGUUUGGAGCACUGCUUGCUCUUCUUGUCACCGGUCUUGUCGGCAUGUUUGUUCACUUCGACAAGACGAUGGACUUGAUCUUCGCUAUCGGAGGAGCCCUGAUCUUCAGUGGUUAUGUCGUCUAUGACACAUAUAUGAUCUCGAACAGGCUGUCACCUGAUGAGUACAUCCUUGGUGCUAUCAGCCUGUACCUUGAGUAA